GGACAGGUCGCCGCUGUCUUCGCCACGGAGGUAUGGCAGAGGUCAGGCAGAGACUCGGGAGCAGAGUUUACAGGCUUUCUUCUCUUAGGAAAAGCGAAAGUAAUGGGUCUCUGUUGCCAAACUGUACCUUAUCCGGAGCGGCGAGCCGCAAUGGGGCCAAAGAGAGGAGCUAUGGCGCAAAUGAACACCCGCCGGUGUCAGGAAUCAGGGGAAGGGAAGGCGAUCGUCAUGCUCCGAAACUUUCCAAAUGUACAAAAAUAGUAAGUCGAGAAGAAAAGGAAAAAUUGCCAUAUACCACGUCUCUGGGUAUUGUUUCACUGGAUCGCCAUGCACAGCCCAUUAGCAAACUUGUUAAAAACGGCGCGGACGCGCAAACUCGCAUGACGCUUCUGUACCUGUCACCGGAAGUGCAGCCUCUCCGAGUCAAUGUGAUGGUUGGCAGGAAGACGUGCCUGAGCAAAACACGUUUUGUACUGGCAGCGAAGUUUCACCCCGAGUCUUACACAUCACCCCAGCGGAUCAGAGACUUCAGCACCGUUAUCGUAACUAUAGCAGAGCAAGGAUUAGAAUGCUCAGGUAAUGGACUGAGAAUGAAGUGGUUGAAACUAUACCCUAAUGCCCUCCAAUCCUCAACCACAAAAAGAUGCUACAGCUGGAGAAGUAACAACAGCACAAAUGACACUCCUCCGCUGCACAGGCGCGGGAAAGCCUAUUAUGACAUCCUUAGGGUGUCUCCCGCUGCCACCCAGUCUCAGAUAAAGACAGCCUACUACAAACAGUCCUUUAUCUUCCACCCUGACAAGAACCCAGACAGUGAGGAGGCCACACAGCGCUUCUCUGAGAUCAGUGAGGCCUACACUGUAUUGGGCAACGUCAGCCUGAGGAGAAAGUAUGACCGUGGCAUCCUGAGCCAGUCAGAUAUUCAGGGGGCUGGAAGACCAUCCUCCAAGGAGACCACCAGCAGAACCUCAGCAUCACAGCAGCAGCAGCAAAGAGCCAGAGCUUUCUCCCAAACUAGUGGUAAGCCCGUGUUUGAUUUUGACGCUUUCUUCCAUGGCCACUAUGGAGAACAGCUGCAAAGAGAGAAGGCGAUAAGGAUGAGAAGGGAGGCGGAGCAGAAGAAAAGGCAGGAGAACUUCAGAAAAUGGAAGCGCAGUAAAAUGGUGGAGAUGACUGUUUGGAUGUUGCUGGCGACUGGAGGAAUUAUCAUUUUUAGUCUAUUUAAGCCCUGAAGAUGAGACCCCGACAUAAAGGCAGAAAGAGGUCUCGUCCCCCAGAGGGUCAAGCCAAGUCAAUUUUAUUUGUAUUGCCCAAUAUCACAAAUUACAGAGGGUGCAGGCUACAACUCUCAGGGGGCCAGGUGGUCAAGGAAAAUGGAGUAUUUAGGAUUGGAGAGUGGGGUCUGGCUGUUGAAAGAGCCUUUCUGUCAACUUCUUUGCAAGUAUUGCACAUUUUGUUUUACGAUAAUAGCUGUACAUGUAAAAUAUACACUAUCAGAAUCAGAAAUUCUCAACACAUAAGAUGAACAGGACUCUGAUGUCCUCAAUUUGAACUGUUUGCUGUAGAGUUUGAGAAGCUGCUGCUGUAAGGCUGGCAAAACUUUAUAAUCUGCACCUAAUCUUGUUUUCACAAUGGUACCCAGAUGUAUAGUUUUCAAAAAUAUUAAUAGUUUAUUCAAGAUCAGAGUAUUAAAGAAAUGAUUGUACAUAAGCACUCUUUCUCUUGUUUGGGAAUGACACUACUGUGUAACAGCCAUAGCAGUAUGUUGUAACAGUUGAGUAAGUACAUACCUGGGUCCUCGUGGCAAGAAGUUACAGUUUCCAGCAGAAAUGAAAAACAAAUUGGAGUCGGUAACAUCAAGAAAUCUAAGACAAUUAGGAGUGGUAUAAACCAAACUAGAGGAUUGGCAGGGUAUUCCUUCUCAGGUUUUUGUUGAAAAGUAUGAAAAAGUAAGGUUGUUUGCUCUUACAGUACAUUUUCUACCCGUGCAUUUUUGCAUCAUACCCCUCCACCUGGAAAAUACACAGCCCCUGCCUUCUCAACCUCCCAGACAGCCUCCUGUGGCCAAUUAUUUAUUUUAGAGGUAACUCUUUGAAAACCUUACUGUUUUCGUCUGCUGCUAUUAUUGUACAGGCAAAUCCAGAGAAGUAUUUAUGGGUGUCCAUUCAUAAGCUCAUGUGGAAAAGCUGCAGAAAAACUGCAAGGAAAUUGCACUACUCAUGCUGAAGAACGCAAAACUCCUAAUUUUCCCCCACACACAGGCUGUAACGUAGAACAUAGCUCUCAUGUUCAAACAUAUAUGCCACGUUAUGGUCAAUACAUAUCAGCAAAAUGUAUUUUUGUGCGAAACAGUCUACAUCUGAACAAAUAAAAUA